AUGCUCCUUAAGCCAAAGUAUGGCCGCUUUCGCAACGAGUCUGUGACCUCCUCCGACGACCUGAUGCAGAGCUUAGCCAUGAGUGGCAAAGUUGUGGCCACACCGGUAGUCCCUUCCUCCACCCCAAGCCUUCCUCUGCCUCCUCUGGAUCCCAGUACCAGGACCUCCUCCUCUGCUGGGGCUACAGCCCUGGCUGACUCCCCUUGCCUGGAUGGGGAACAGGAUGCCACCACAACCUUCUGCAUGCUCAUCCCUAAGAUGCCCCAGUGGAAGUUCUCCAACUCGCUGCUCAGCCGGAGCCCGUCCAACUCCAGCUCCAGCUCCAGCUCUAGCAAAGACUCUGGCAAGGCAGCAGCAGCGUCUUCCCAGGCCUCUGUCUCCCCGUCUUCAACAUCACACAGGCCCAGUGGUGUGACCUCAGUCAGUGGCCCAGUGGCCAGUCUUGCAGCAGUGCUCAACUCCUGUGACCCUGUGUGUGUCACCCCCUGUUCCCUACAGGCCAUUCGGGGGCAGAGAGCAGUAGCAGCAGCAAACUCUGCCAGUCCAGGGGGGCACGGAUUUGGGGCCACAGAGGUCAUGGCGAGCCCUGGUGGUUCCAGCAGCUCCAGGUCAGGAAUGAACCGCAGGACAAGAGUGGAGGGCAUGUGGCUGGGAGGAGAAGACUUCAACCAGAAGGGCAGCUUCAUCCACAAACCCUCCCAGGGCUGGCUGCACCCUGACAAGAAGAUUGCAGGACCAGGUGCCUCUUAUAUUGUCAGGUAUAUGGGCUGCAUUGAAGUGUUGAAGUCAAUGCGCUCCCUGGACUUCAACACGCGAACUCAGGUGACGAGGGAAGCCAUCAACAGGCUCUGUGAAGCUGUGCCAGGAGGAAAGGGGCCUUGGAGGAAGAAGGCCGUGAACAAAGCUCUCCAGUCCAUUAUGGGGAAGAGUAACCUGCGAUUUGCAGGCAUGAGUAUCGCUGUCAAUAUUUCCAUAGACGGACUUGGUCUGCUCAUCCCUACCACACGACAGGUGAUAGCGCAUCAUCCCAUGCAAUCCAUCUCAUUUGCCUCUGGGGGAGACACAGACACGCCUGAUUAUGUAGCGUAUGUGGCCAAAGACCCGGUGAAUCAGAGAGCUUGUCAUAUCCUGGAGUGCUCAGAUGGUUUAGCCCAGAGUGUCAUCAGCACCAUCGGCCAGGCCUUCGAGCUGCAGUUCAAACAGUAUCUACACAGUCCUCCCAAAACUAUGGCAUCAGUGGAGAGGUCUGUCAGGCCGGAGGAGCCAUUGUGGGGGGAGGAUGAGGACUUCUCUGAGCAUGAUUACUACAACAGCAUCCCAGGGAAGGAGCCACCUGUUGGGGGUGUAGUGGAUUCCAGGCUCAGGCCCAGUGGAGCCCUCCUGGGUCACAUCCACACCCAGCCACAGAGCAAGACAGCAGCACAGAUGAGCUCACCAGCUAGAAGGGAGCAAGCAUCUUAUCCCCCUGGUCAACUGUGUUAUGAGCUUCACUGGGACACUGAGACCUGCAGCAGCUCAGGUCUGACGUCAGAUGGUUACCUGUGUGCUGACGGCCAACCAUCUAGCAGCAGAGACUAUGAAGAGCAUCAGUAUGUUAACACCCAGAGUCUGGAACACCUGGAUUCACUGGCACAGGGGCCCUGUGGACACAGAGGGGGCAGGGCACCCGACAGUCCCAAGAAAGAUCUCUUCGACAUGAGGCCCUUUGAAGAUGCCCUGAAGCUCCACGAGGCCAGUGGUGGAGCUGUUGGGUCCAGCAUAUCCGUCACAGCUGGAGGUGCUGCUGGGGGGGGGGGCGUUCGGAUCCUGGAGGACCAGUGGCCCAGCCCUCCACGCCGUCGAGCCCCUGUGGCCCCAAACGAGGAUCAGCUCCGCAGGGAGACCUGGUACCACAGCCGAAUGAGCCGACGAGACGCAGAGAAACUCCUGGUCCGAGACGGAGAUUUCCUCGUCCGGGAGAGCACAACCAACCCGGGACAGUAUGUGCUAACAGGCAUGCACUGUGGCCUGCCAAAACACCUACUGCUGGUGGAUCCUGAGGGAGUGGUCCGAACCAAAGACAUGUUAUUUGAGAGUAUAAGCCACCUUAUCUCAUAUCAUCUGAAGAACGAGCUGCCUAUUGUUGCAGCAGAGAGUGAGCUCCACCUUAAACAGGUGGUCAGGAGGAAACAGUGAGCCACCUGCCUCUGCAUGGGAUGAGCAGAAUUUUUCCGUGCCCAUGCAGCUACAGAAAAAAAAAAACUGUAAAAAACUGUAUCUGGAAAUCAAUUAUCCGUGAUGGAUAUUUAUCUGGAACAAAGGAUAUGACUCACACUUUCUUUCCACGAGCAACUCUACCAAGGAGAGUAAGGCAUCUGACAUCUGCUUGUACUUUCUCCGCCUGUUGUCCUACCAGGAUCAACCCAAACUAUCCCUCAUCUGUCAUAAACUCCUCAGCAUGCAGCUAUGAAGCUAACAAUUCCACCAGAAUCCACAGUUUGACUUAACCCGGAGCUGGUUAAUGUCAACCACUGUGACUGUUCGGAGAGGACCCACCUUCAGGAAAUCACAUAAGGAUUUGUUGCACAGCGAAGAAAUGUCCUACAAUGCCUGUAAUAGUGAUGUGCUUCCACAGAACAAUACUGUCAUGUUAAGAUCCAAUCACCAGAACAAAACUGUCAAUUGUUACUUGGUGCAGAUAUGAAAAAACAACAACAACAACAAAAAAAAAACACACAAAAGACAUCAGGUUCCAUAUUCAGUAGUUCAUUUCAGUAUAAAUGGAAGAAAUGAAAAUACUGCAAUUACAAAAGACAGUUGAUGGAAUAUCUGUUUCAUUGGACUGUAAAGAGUGGUUGUUGUUACAUGUUCACAGGGCUGCAGUACCUGACUCUGAGAUGGCACAAUGGAAACACACUGAACAUGAUUCAGUGCUGGAUUUAUAAAAAAGCCACGCAUUCUACUGUCUUUUUUGCUUUCUCCAUAAUAAUCGAAGCACCAAAUCUCACUUUUUAAAUCAUGCAGUCGUACUAUAUCUUCAUGUAGACAGCCAAGUGAACAUAAAACACACUGUCUUGAAAGCGGUUUUAACGCAUUUACCGUGAGUAUCAGUCGUUUGUGUUGUGUUUGUAAGGGCUGUUCAUAAUUUGUUAAAGACAUACUGUAUGUGUUGUAUAGUCCUGUGGAAACCAUUGGUCAGACUGUACUCUGAGCUCAAAUGAAUACUACAUCCACACACACACACACACACACACACACACUAUAUCCAUGCCUGUUACUUCCCCAGCCCCUCCAACUUCAGUGCCUUAAUAACUACAGAGACAGGCAUUUGUGUCAGAGUGUAUAUAAUGUGCAUUUAUGCUCCUAAUGCAAAAGACUAGUUUUCUUGCCAUGCCAAUGAAUGACUGAACAAACUUCAGGAUGAUUAAGCUCUUAUACUUGUGAACAGUAAUCUAAGCUGCUCUUGUUUUGGGGUGAAUAUUCGUUUAAUACUGUCUUAUUGUGGUCAUGAUUGUCAUUGUCUUUAUGUGUAUCCCUUAGAACGUUCUCCUAGAUUCAUCUUUUUGUUUUCUUUGAAGCAAGCCAUAGAUGCUCUGCAGUGAUAUUAAAGACAGGGGAUUUGGACUUGAAAUGAAAUCCUUUAUUUGUCCCGGCUCAGGGAAAUACAUCAGUUUAUUGAUUGUCCUUAUCCCAACGCCUGUGUCUGUACAUCUCAAUGACUUGCUUGUCUUUUUUCUGUUCUUUGGCUACACUGACAUUUCCUACCCUAUUUUUGCCAAUCUGAUACUUUUAAAUCUUACUAGAGGUAGGUCAUAUUCUUUUUUGCAUUUCUCUCUGUGUCAUCUUCAACAUAUCUUUAAUCAGGCCCUCUGCUGUUCUUAGCCACAGCCUCAUGAAUGCACAGAGAUGAGAUGAGCUACAAGGCUUUUGGUGAGGUCCAAAUGAUUACUGUCAUUUUUUCAGAUCUCCCCUUUUGCGUUCUCAGGAAUUUCUUGGAUUUUUUCUUCUUUGA